AUGUCAGACGCUAAACCCGAGGCCGAAGGUGGUCUUCAAAUGGACGGAGAUUUGAUCGAAUCCAACUGGAACCAAGUUGUUGACAACUUCGACAACAUGGAACUCAAGGGUGACCUUCUCCGAGGUGUAUACGCUUACGGUUUCGAGAGACCUUCCGCCAUUCAACAAAGAGCUAUCAUGCCCAUCAUCACCGGCCGAGACUGUAUCGCUCAAGCUCAAUCCGGUACCGGAAAGACUGCCACUUUCUCCAUCUCCAUUCUCCAAAGAAUCGACACCACCGUCAAAAAGACUCAAGCUCUUAUCCUUGCCCCUACCCGAGAGCUUGCUCAACAAAUCCAAAAGGUUGUCAUCGCCCUUGGUGACUACCUCAAUGUCGACUGUCACGCUUGUGUCGGUGGUACUGCCGUCCGAGAGGACAUGGCCAAGCUCGCUGAAGGUCCCCACGUUGUCGUCGGUACCCCCGGUCGAGUAUUCGACAUGAUCAACCGAGGUGCUCUCAAAUCCGAUGCCGUCAAGAUGUUCUGUCUCGACGAAGCCGAUGAGAUGCUUUCCACCGGAUUCAAAGACUCCAUUUACGACAUCUUCCAACUUCUCCCCGCCGAGACUCAAGUAGUCCUCCUUUCCGCCACCAUGCCCCCUGAGGUCUUGGAAGUUACCAAGAAAUUCAUGAGAGACCCCAUCCGAAUUCUCGUCAAGAAGGAUGAACUUACUCUUGAAGGUAUUCGACAAUUCUACAUCGCCGUUGAGAAGGAGGAGUGGAAACUUGACACUCUUUGUGAUCUUUACGAGACCGUCACCAUCACCCAAGCCGUUAUCUUCUGUUCUACCCGAAGAAAGGUCGACUGGCUCACCCAAAAACUCCACGAGCGAGAAUUCACCGUCUCCGCCAUGCACGGUGACAUGGACCAAACUCAACGAGAAGUCAUCAUGAAGGAGUUCCGAUCUGGUUCUUCCCGAGUCUUAAUUGCCACUGACUUGCUUGCUCGAGGUAUCGAUGUUCAACAAGUUUCUUUGGUUAUCAACUACGAUCUCCCCGCCUCCAAGGAGAACUACAUUCACAGAAUCGGUCGAGGUGGUCGAUUCGGACGAAAAGGUGUAGCCAUCAACUUCGUUACUCAAGACGACGUUAAGAUGCUCCGAGAAAUUGAGACCUACUACAACACCCAAGUUGAUGAGAUGCCUCUCAACGUUGCCGACCUCAUUUAA